AACCUCCUUUUCUUCCUCUCUCUAGAUGUCUCCACUGGGCAGUGAGUAAUGCAAAGAAGCCAAAAACUCUCACACUCUACUUUGCAAUAAGGUUGGCAUACAAAUGCUUUCUUCAACCUUAGCUCGGCGCCUAAAUCCCACUCAAAUCCUCCUUAAUUUCACUGCUCGCUCUCUCUCAACAAAGCCUACUUCAUAUCUCCCGUCCGCAACUCCAGAAUCCCAACUAAACCUUCAAAAUUUCGAUCCCAGCACCGUUAUCGAAGCCCUCUCAUGCUACAGCAACGACUGGAAACGUGCCUUGGAUUUUUUCAAUUGGGUCGAAACCGAAUGCGAAUUUAAACACACUACAGACACGUACAAUCGCAUGAUUGACAUUUUGGGUAAGUUCUUCGAAUUCGAUCUCUCAUGGGACUUGAUUCAGAGAAUGAGAACGGUUCCUUGUUCAAUGCCCAAUCAUGUCACUUUCCGUAUAUUGUUUAAGCGCUAUAUAUCUGCCCAUCUCGUUACAGAAGCUAUAAAUACGUUUGAUAGAUUAGAGGAAUUCAAUUUGAAAGAUGGAACAUCUUAUUGUAAUCUUAUUGAUGCUCUUUGUGAGUUUAAACAUGUUAUAGAAGCACAAGAAUUGUGCUUUAGAAAGAACAUGGAAGAAAAUAAUGCAAUAGAUGCUAGGAAUAAAACGAAAAUUUAUAAUAUGAUUUUACGCGGUUGGUUUAAGAUGGAGUGGUGGAGUAAGUGCUGGGAGUUUUGGGAGGAGAUGGAUAGAAAAGGAGUGUAUAAAGAUUUGUAUUCCCAUUCGAUAUAUAUGGAUAUACUGUGCAAAAGUGGAAAGCCUUGGAAGGCAGUGAAAUUGUAUAAGGAGAUGAAGACAAAGGGAAUAAAGCUAGAUGUUGUGGCAUAUAAUACAGUUAUUCGUGCAGUUGGUCUAUCACAGGGUGUGGAUUUUGCAACGAGGGUGUAUCGUGAAAUGAUUGAGUUGGGUUGUAUGCCAAAUGUCGUGACUUGUAAUACUGUUAUAAAGCUUUUGUGCCAAAAUGGGAGGACAAUGGAAGCAUAUAAAAUGCUUGAUGAAAUGCGCAAGAAAGAUAUUGUACCGGAUGUGAUUACAUAUCAUUGUUUUUUUCGUUGUCUUGUGAAGCCCAAGGAGAUUCUCUGGCUGUUUGACCGGAUGAUUGAGAGUGGGGUUUGGCCAAGGAUGGACACUUAUGUGAUGCUUAUGAGGAAGUUUGGGAGAUGGGGAUUUCUCCGACCAGUUUUUGUAGUGUGGAAGAAGAUGGAAGAACAUGCCUGUAGUCCGGAUGAAUUUGCUUACAAUGCAUUGAUUGAUGCUUUGAUUCAAAAGGGUAUGUUGGACAUGGCUAGGAAAUAUGAGCAGGAGAUGCUGUCGAAAGGUCUUUCUCCUAAGCCCAGGGAAGACUUAAGCACAAAGGAUGUGGAGGGAGGAUAACUUUUCAAACGCAUAUGCAGAAUCAUCCUUCGCGGAAGAGUUUGCUGCAAUAGAGGUCUCAAAAUGGAUUGCUUGCUUUCCAGUUAGAACCAGGGGC